AUGACUGUUCCAAAAUUGUUUCAGUGGCUGGCUGGUGUGUGCUCAUUUAUGACAGUGUGGUUGGCUUAUGUUGUUGGUUAUUUCAGUGUGAAUCUUCGCAAGGAAUAUCAUGAAAUUAUUGUGGUUUUACCCCUUUAUCUACUGAUAUCAUUUGCUUGCUAUUCCUUAGCUGUUAUUGGGUACAGAGUUGCAACAUUCAAUAACUGUGAGGAAGCAUCCAUUGAAUUAAAACAGGAAAUUGAAGCAGCAAGAAAAGACUUAGAAAAGAAAAAUUAUAAAUUCAUCUCAGACUGGAAGUAG